GAUGACGGACAUUGAUACAAUUCACCUACCGUGUGCGCGUGAACAUCUUUGUAAGAAAACCACAAGAGCAAAGUCAAUGACUACGGUGUGUUAGUGUGCGUGAAGGUGAGAUGAACGUGUAGAGCGGGACCGCGAGAGCCUUCGCCGCUCGCGCAGGUACUCCGUCGCCGCCGCCGCCGCGCCGCGCCAGUCCCACACGCGCCCCGCGCGGCCGCGUUCCUUCGCACGGCCACUCUGUCCGCCUCUCGCCGCGUAAACAACACCGUAACCCCAAAACACCUGUACUAAAACAUAAACAAAGUGCAACCAGUGCUCUGACAAUCUAAGCGACCUGUACCUCUCACUAAACAUCGGAUCUAGACAAAAUAAUUGCGCGAAUGCCACGGUCCGCGGCCUACGCAGCCGGCGUCCCCUCCUCCGUUCAUUCAAGGACCAAUGGUUGUAUUGAACCCGUGCCGCCUCAGCUUUCGCGUGUGCGCAAUCUGUGCCGUUUUUGAAAUGAAUCACAUAAACAGCACCCGGCCUCUCUGAGCUGAUGACAGUCUGAGAAUCGGCUCCAACGACAAUGUCAAUCAAUCAAAAUGCGACUCAGUUCAACAAACAGAAACAGCAACAGCAACUAGGUAAACAGGGCCCGGAACCGGUCAACUUUCCACCGCGGUAUCAUCCGCCUCCGCCGUCCGCGGCCGGUCCCAAACUAGCCACUAUUGACCCGUCCGCGAAGGAGUACAAACCUCCUUACGUAGGGAAACCUGCGGAUCCCAAUAAAAUACAAUAUCCGCUAGGAGCCCAACCCGUUGCUUAUCCGGGAGGAUCGAUUCCCUUUUCGAAGUAUCCCCAAGGAUACCCGAUAGGGUACCCUCAAGCGCCGGGAGCUUUACGUGUUUUGCGACCUCCGGGGGAGGUGGUUACGAAGGCGAUAGUCCACGAGCCCGGGCAGCCCACGGCCCGCGCGCGUAGCGCGGACGACACCCAGCGAGUACAGCGAAACCUUGAGGAGGAGCAGAUCCACAGGAGAUCAGCUGAUAUGCUCAAAUUUACUAAGCGAGUAGAACCGGAUGGGCCCCGAGCUUCGACGGACCAGCGUCGUCAAAUUCAGACACUAUUGGACGAAAUAAAAGCAUUGAAAGACGCUAACAGAAGAUUGAGCGACGAUAAUCAGGAGCUCCGUGAUUUGUGUUGUUUUUUAGAUGAUGAUCGCCAGAAAGGAAGAAAGUUAGCACGCGAAUGGCAAAGAUUCGGCAGAUACACGGCGUCAGUGAUGAGACAAGAAGUUUCGGCAUAUCAAAGUAAACUUAGGGAACUUGACGACAAACAACAGGAACUGAUAAGAGACAAUUUAGAGUUAAAAGAAUUGUGCUUGUACUUGGACGAGGAGCGAGAGAGGAGCACAUGUGUGAAUUGCGGACGAGCGGCAGGCCGGGAACGAGACGACGGCGACGGCAGCAGCAGCGGCACCAACGCCGAGGAGGUGCGCGCGCCCGCCGCGCCCGUUACGCACCCGCAGCUGGCGGAGCGCACGGUGCAGUACGUGAGGGACCUGGAGCAAAAGGUUCGGCGAUUGGAGGCAGAGAAAGGCGUCAACGGCGGCAUCGGCGAGCGUCCCGAAGCGGUCGUGCGUGCGUUGCAAGUGUUAGAAGUCAGAGAGCGAGUGGAGAGAGAAAGAAGGAGGCCAGCUCCCGACUUAGACUCUGGCGAGCAAGCCCUCGUACGAGAAAUGUGCAAUGUGGUAUGGGGUAAACUAGAGGAUGCCCCGCCACAAGCGCCUCCACGAUAAAAAGUCUACAAAAGUUGACUACUAAAGUUUACAACAGUACAAAUCAAAUGUAUACGCGAAAUACUGUUACCCGCCGGAGUUUGAUUGGAAUCUGACUGUAUAUCGAGGUCACGGCGAGAUCGGAGGGGUCUCGUGACCCACAAACUACAGAUUGUAAGGUUGACCUUGUUUACUGAAUGUAAGAGCGGCGGGAUUUUGUUAAUGAAAACGUUUGCUUGUUGAUGUGAUGAUGCUUGCCGAGAUGAAUAGAAAUCUUAUGAGAAACCGAAAAGUACAAAUCUAUAGAAAUCGUGUUACAAAACUAGGAAGUGUUAAGUUAUUGUCAUACUUGAGUAUUCUUGAAGCCUACAUUUUCUAAUCGUGAAUUCCUAUUUUGUCGCUGCAGUAUCUGACAUACCUACCUACCUGCGUAUUUGCUACUACAGCAUUUUUAGGUAUGCAAUGCAACUAUGCAUAGUAAUAAAAUUAUUAUUUUAAAUGCAUAGCGUAGAUAGGAAUUAUCGCUUACUUAUGUUAGCUUUUGUAUUUUAUUAGGUAUAUUGGUUCUGUUAAUUAAAAUAUUAUUGAGGCUAAAAAAUAUUGGCUGAUUGUAACGGCCAAUACGUAACUAUUCUCCUACAUGUUUUAAAUUCAAGCUUAGAAAGUCGGUUUUUGCCUUACUUAGCAAUUAUACCGCAGUCAAUAGGUAAACCAGAUUUUGUUAUAGGUAAAGGUGACAAACACAGGGACAAGAAGAUCACUAUAGAUUCACCAUACAUUUAUUUGGGCGAGAUUUAAUAAACUAUUCAUACGAGUAAUAAAAUGUACCUACAUAUCUCACACUAAUUCCGUUUCAUAUUAUUAAUAGCAUUUACAUGGAAUUUGUCCUAAGUAAUCAUAAUAGUAUAUUGCCCCCCUAUUUUCUUGAGGGGGAGCCUAUUAUCUUGAGUCAUAAUAUUCAUAUCUUAUCAUACCAAAAUUUCACGAGAUAUUUUGAUAGAAAUCUCAGUAUACCUAUAUUAGCUCAGUAGCUUUUAUUCGCCCAAAUUUAUAGUGAUUGCUCGCCUCGAACUACUAUGUUCUUCUUACCCCGUCUAUCACACCUUAUCUACCUAUGAAUGUGUAUUUAGAUAAAUAUGGUAUGUGAUCUGAUUGAAUACGCUCACUUUGUCAGCACUAUUGCAUUUUUCUAAUAAAGUUAUGUUAAUGUUAUUAAUUUAUUACUCAAAUUAUUAGUUGUGCCUAAAUUUAAUAAAUUAUUUGAGGUUUACUUUUUA